AUGUCAAACGACAACAACAAUUUGGACAAACAGGUUCCUGAUAACAUUUUGCUGAACAAAAACUGCUGCCUCAGUCCAGGUACAUUUACAAGAAAACACACAAUUAAGCUGGCCAACAAACUCAAACGGAAAAGACUUUUGCAGAGAUCAUCAAAGUACAAAAGACGCAGGCUUGAGCUCAGAGCAAACCGCAGUUCUAGAAAUGCAGUGAAGACUGUCCUUGAAGGUGACACCUACAGCACCAAUAUUGAAUUACAGGACCACACUGAUAUUGAGGAAAUAAGUGUUUUGCCUGAAAAGCAUCUAACAGCUCAGCAGCCGUUUAUGUUCUUUGACUUGGAAACAACAGGACUAGGGCGUACUUCAGAUAUCAUUCAGAUAGCAGCUGUCUGCAGUGAUAAAACUUUUAAUACAUAUGUAUUCCCUACUAAGCCCAUAAGUCCUGGUGCAUCAUCAGCCACUGGUUUGAGUUUCAAAGAUGGAAAACUACUUCUCCAGGAAAAAAGCAUUGAAGCAGUUAAGCAAAAGGAUGGUCUGUUACAAUUUCUUGCAUUUGUGAAGAAAUUUACUUAUCCUUGCAUCGUAGGACAUAAUAUUAAAAACUUUGAUGUGCCUGUUCUCAUUAAUUCUUUGGAAAAAUAUGGUCUUUGUGAAACUUUAAACCGAAGUAUUUCAGGUUUUGUUGAUACGUUAGUUAUUGCAAGAUCAUUGUACAAUAAGGAUGAAGUAAAUGGAAGUUUUUCUCAGCAGUCCCUCAUUAAAUGUUUGUUAGGCAAAGAAUAUGCAGCACAUAAUGCAUUAGAAGAUGUUGUUGCAUUGCGGGAACUGUUUGAACAUUUCAGUCUGAAUGAAAAUCAAUUAAAUGAUUUUGUUUUCCAACUGUCUUAUUUUGCUUGUAAAUCUAGUCUCCAUGCAUUAGUUGAGAAAAAGGUAAUUUCACAAAAUAUGUGCAACAAACUUGCUGCUUGUUCCCUAGGGAUGUCUCAGCUAAGGAAAAUUCACAACCGUGAUGAUAUGAAUGGUAUUGCUAGCAUUUUAAAAGAGUGCAAGAUUGCAAAGAAAUGUUCCAUUGCCAACAAAAUAAUAAAAUUCCUUGAUGAUUUGUCAUCGGAAGCAUAG